GCUUCUCUUCACACUCUUCAAUACACUCUUCCGAUUUCCAACGUGUGAACAUGAGGAGGUACAGCCCAGAGUACUACAGUCCUCCGAGGAGGAGCUACGGCGGCGGCGGCGGAGGCCGGGGGAGAAGCCCGCCGAGGAAGCGCGGCAGGGAGCAGAAUAAUGGAAGCCUGUUGGUUCGGAACAUUCCUCUGGAUUGCAGGCCGGAAGAGCUGAGGACUCCCUUUGAGAGAUUUGGGCUUGUUCGGGAUGUCUACAUUCCCAAGGAUUACUACACUGGGGAACCUCGGGGAUUUGCAUUUGUACAAUUUGUGGAUUCUUAUGAAGCUGCAGAAGCUCAGUAUCAUAUGAAUGGGAAGAUUUUUGCUGGGAGAGAGAUAUCUGUGGUCCUUGCUGCAGAGACAAGGAAAAGACCAGAGGAGAUGCGCCAAAGAACUAGGGUUAGAGGACCAUCAUCAGGCUAUGGGGACAGAAGAUCAUCUCAUUACGGACGUUCUCGUUCUCGGUCACGCUCUCCUCACUAUCCAUCAGGUUCUAGAAGUCGGUACCGCUCAAGGUCCUAUUCUCCUGUUCCAAGAAGACGAGUUGACUCUGUUUCACCAGUUAGAAGGCGUGGUGACCAUCCAAGAUCACCUCGUGACCACCCAAGAUCAUCACGGGAUUCUCCCCUUGAGAGAGGUGGUGAUCAUGAACGAAGGCCAUAUUCUCCUGGUUAUGAUAAUGGUGCUGGGCAAGCUGAAAAUGGAGAUGGGUAUGACAAGAAAUCUAGGUAUGAUGAGGAGGUUGAACCACGAGGCAAUUGGAGGUCUCCCGAUAAAGCAUCAAGAUCACCAUCUGGUUCUAGGUCCAGAUCUGCUGAGUUAUCACCUAGGCGCAGCAGAUAAGGACAAGGCAAAUCUGAAGGCAUAAACAGACAUUUGGUCGAGUUUGCAAGGUUUUUAAUCUGCAGGUUGUAAUAUGAGUAAUUUAAGCCCAGAGUUUUAGGCUUUUCUUUCAAACAUUUGGAACCCUAAUCCCUUUGCUUGUGUUUGGACCAAUGAAACAAUUAGUGACCCCUUGUUUGCUGGUGUAUGGAUAUCCAUGAAAGUUCUAUGGUAGUAUGGUUUCAUUUCAUCU